UGAAAAUCUCUUAUUUAAUGUAAAUCACAAGUGGUUGAUUAUUGAUACUGAUACUUGGAUGUCUAAUAUAUCAACAGUUUCCUACGUGGAGAUGAAUGAAAAUUUUUCAUGUUUAUUGGAUACAUUCGAAAAAUUAAAUCUGAGCGUAGAUGCCGAUGUCACACUGUCGCUACAGAAAGGAUCUGAAAAUAACAUUUACGAUGUAUAUAAUUUUGGAAAACUACGCGGAGGUAAUGUCGUGGUGAAGAAACUGGGAAAUUGGCGAAACAAAGCAGAUUUGAUAAAUCAUUUAAAUGUUUACAAAUACUACAGAAGAUGGGACUUCGAAAAUUCAACAAUUAACUAUGUCGGAGUUAUGUCAACGCCGCCAAAAGUAUUUGACGUGAACAUGCUUAUAGGGGAUACUCCGGCUCCUGGGGUUGCUGUUAUGACCACUACAGGCACCAGAGUGUUGGUAGAAAUAGCACAACUACAUAAUAUCAGGUAUAAUUAUACGAUUGUUGAUAGAUGGAUCGGGAAAUUUGAGAGAAAUACUACGCCAGUGGCUGCGACUUUAGUAUUCUUAAAAGAACAAGACAUCACGCCGAUACUACGCGUGCCAUUGGAAAUUUUCCAAAGAGUAGACAUGGUGACGCCGCCUGUAACUUCUAUUGAGACAAGAUAUUACUACCGUAUCCCAACCACCGGUCCCGGAAAGUUCGAGAACCAAUUCCUACGUCCUCUGACUAACGGCGUGUGGGUUUGCGUGAUAGCUGUGAUUUCUCUGUGCGCUCUGAUGUUGUUUCUGACGGCCAGAGCCGAAAGGAGACCAGCCGCUGUACAGUAUGCUGUAUUUACUGUGGCAGCUACGUUUUGUCAGCAAUUUUUUCAAGAUGGUGAUAAUGAGGAUCCAAGACGAGAAUCGUCUGCUCGGCAGCUCACAGUCCUAGUGACAGGUGUAUCCUGCGUCCUCAUAUACAACUACUACACCAGCAGCGUUGUCAGUUGGUUACUGAAUGGGCCACCGCCUUCCAUCAACUCUCUGCAAGAACUCCUGGAAAGCCCACUAUCGCUGAUAUACCAGGACAUAGGUUACACUCGUUCGUGGUUACAGAAUCCGACGUAUUACUACAAUAAAAAGAAUGCUGAAGUGGAGGAUAAAUUAAGGAGGUUUAAAGUAUUUAAGAAGAAGAAGGGAGAGCCCUUACUGGUACCUUUGGAGGAAGGCAUUGAAAUGGUGAAAGCAGGAGGCUACGCAUACCACACAGAAGUAUACAACGCUAAUAUGUUAAUAUCUCGCAAGUUUAACCAGGAAGAGCUGUGUGAACUCGGCUCCCUCCAAUCUAUGGAAGAAACACACCUUUAUAUUGCUGUAUCAAAGAACAGUCCUUAUAAAGAGUUUUUUAACUGGAAUCUUUUGCGUAUGUACGAAACUGGCGUGGUCUCUCACCUUCAGCGUCAGGCCCACAGUCCUGAGAUUUCUUGUGGAGGCAGCUCUCCAAGAGCCUUGGCUCUCGGUGGUGCUGCUCCAGCUUUUCUGCUACUCGCUUUUGGAUACCUUCUGGCUACGGUCAUUGUUCUUAUAGAAAGGCUUGUCGCGAGGAACGAGUUAAGAUUAAUCAGAAAGAUAAAAGAUCGAGUACCUGUAGGGGCAGAACUACUAAAGAACUGUUAGAUGUAGAUUGAGCAUUG